CAGCAUUGGAGUAUGUGCUGAUAGUGUGGGCAGUAUGAUAGGGAAAGAGAGACUGAGAAUAGGGGAGAAUGGGAUACAGUAAUUGAGUUUAAGUAGCAUACUGAGUUGAACAUCGUUAGAUACAAUCACAAAUAUUUUGUUAUAUUUUUUAAGAGAAACGUUAUUUUGUUAUAUUUUUUAAGAGAAACGUAGCUGGCAGAUAGGAUUCAGUUCCUCCCAAUAAAGUAGGUGGCGGUAAUGCUCCACAACGUUGGAUGCCAACUGCCGAUAAACGCCAAAGAAGAACACCAGCCGUACCGCUGAUAAACCGAACAGAAGAGCGUCAGCUGUAUUGACCACGUGACAUUUGAAGAUGGCUGCCUGCAUGGAGAGAAAAAUAAAUUCAGAUGAACAGGAGUGGAUACUGGAGCCUCUGUGUUUCCCUGAGCAGCCUGCUACAGACAUCGGCACCAACUCAUCCUCUCAUCAUGACAUGGAGGUGGUGACCUGUGUGCUCUGCUCUCACUCCGCCCCUUUGUCAGAGAAGGACCGCCUCCUAAAGCACCUAGUACUGGAGCACAAGCUGGUCAUCGCUGAUGUCAAACUCAUCGCUGACUUUCCUAAAUACAUGGAAUACUGGAAGAACAGAAUCUCUGAGAAACCCAUCACAGAUUUCUGCAGUGUGAUCAAGACUAACUCGCAGGGCCCUGUUGAAAAACAGGAGCAUUACUUCCUUCUGUGUGAUGUCCUGCCAGAGGACAGGGUCCUCAGAGAACAUCUCCAACAGAAACGACUGGAGGAGAUCCUGGAGCAGCAGCAGAGGGAGAGGGAUGACGACAGCUUCCAGCGCAUCUGCAUGUUCUGCAAUGACGAGUUCACUGGGAACAGGUCGUCACUGCUCAACCACAUGGCCAGGGAGCACUCGUUCAGCGUGGGACUGCCUGACAACAUAGUGUACUGCGUAGAGUUCCUUGACCACCUACAGAGCAAACUGGAUAAUCUGCAGUGCCUGUAUUGUGAGAAAACAUUCAGAGACAAGAUGACACUGAAGGAUCACAUGAGAAAGAAACAGCACCGCAGAAUCAAUGGCAACAACAGCGAGUAUGACUGCUUCUACAUCAUCAACUACCUGGAGCUGGGGAAAACAUGGGAAGAGGUCCAAUCUGAGGAUGAUCGGGAGAUGGAGGAUGAAGAUGAUGAUUGGUCAGACUGGCAGGCUCACCCAGUGUGUGCUGUGUGCCUGUUCUGUGAGCAGCAGUCAGAGAGCAUGGAGAAGAUCUACACACACAUGGAGGAAAGCCACGGAUUUGAUCUGCACAAGUUGAAGACCGAACUCAAUCUGCGGUUCUACCAGCAGGUCAAACUGGUAAACUACAUCAGACGAGAGAUCCACCAGUGCCGUUGCUACGGUUGCCAGGAAAAGUUUGGGUCCAAACCUGAGGUUAUACGUCAUGUAAUGGAGGCAGGUCACGUGAUGCAGCUACCAGAGACGUCAACCUGGGACCAACCACACCCAUUCUCCAAUCCAGGUAUUACUUCCCCACCUAUGAGAACGACGCCCUCCUCUGUGCCUUGUCGGACAGUGACAGUGAAUCAGAACACACAGGCCCUUGGGGAGACGUCCCUGUCAUAGCUGAGGACAUCUCUAACCUGAAAGUCCUGAAGCAGACUAGCGUCCUCAGCCACCUUCUGAAGAACACAGACAGCUCUAGUUAAAAAGCUGGAUGGAUGGACCAAUGAUGUUAUAAACUCAGUGGAGGAUGCUCAGGGGAGAACGGCUCAUAGAGGGACACAGUGCAACAACUUCUUGCUUCGCUGUAUCUCCAACAAGCCAGUGAUGCUCAUCACACUGUGCACUUAGCAGACCAGCACGCAUGUGCAGAAAUGAACAUGGCCUGUUUCACAAGAAUUUCCUGAGCCUGGACUACAUUUAUGUAUGAUUUAAUGUCGUACAUGGUGAUUUGUACCAAGUAUAACAUACCUGCAGGUGGAUUUAAGUUUCAUACAGUAUGAUUGCUGACAAACGUGACCUCACUGCAGAGAUGUGACAAUUGCUGAAUGUAAAUAAACAUUAUGAAUAUACUAUAA